AUGGCUCAGUUGCAGCAUGGUCUUGGACAUCGGCCCUCCUUCUCUUCGGAGUUCGCCGAGCGAGCCCUCACACCACUCGAGCGAUUCCUCGCACUGCAUUUCUCAUUCUUCCUAUAUGCUAUUUCUAUAUGUCUCAUACUCUAUAUCCCGUCCGACGAAGUGUUCGGGACGCAUACACGCCGUCGAGAUGCAUUGGGUCAUCCAUUACUCGGCCCACUGACAGGAGCAUCCCUCCUCUCCUCCUUUGUCUCAUACAACACUAAAGCCAUAGGAGCACUCUCAUUUGGCGUAUUCCUCCUUUCAGGUACGAUUGGCCUCUGGGGCCUCUGGGUCAUUCUCUUUGAAGGUCCACCUCGUAUCUCAAAAAAGACGGGUGCAGACAAACAUACCUCUGCUUUCUUGUUUGGUAAUAAGUCUGCUGCGUUUGUGCAGAAGAAAGAAUGGAAGAAAGCACAGAAGCAAUCAUGAUUCUAUUUGGUAAUUUUUCUAUUUCAUUUGAACAUGUACGUUAGUCGUAAAUAACGUGUAAAUAUUUG